AUGGACACCCUGCUCACCAACAUUGAAUCCAUUGAGCGCGCCUCGGAGUUUGCGUCGAGGAUCAAUGACAGCACCGUGUGGUACAAAUUGGGUAAGGCGCAGCUUGAGAGCGGACAAAUCCCGGAGGCUAUCGAGUCGUACCUGAAGGCCGAGGAUGCGAGCGAUUAUGCCGAUAUCAUCCAGGCGGCCGAGCGCGAGGAAAACUACGAGGAGCUCGUGCGCUUCUUGGUGAUGGCUCGCACCAAGGCGAAGGACCAGAUGAUUGACACGGAGCUUGUCUAUUCUUACGCCAAGACCGAUCGUUUGGCCGAGAUGGAGGAGUUCAUCAGUGGCACCAACACGGCUAACUGCCUGGCCGUGGGUGACCGCCUGUACGAGGAGACGCAUUACAAGGCCGCGAAGCUCCUCUACCAGUCCAUCCCCAACAACGCCAAGCUCGCGUCCUGCCUCGUGCAGCUCGGCGAGUACACCCAGGCAGUCGAGGCGGCAAGGAAGGCCAACAAUCCGAAGGUCUGGAAGGAGGUCAACAUCGCGUGCGUCUCCGCAGAGCAGUUCCGCUGCGCCGAGAUCGCCGCCAUGAACAUCAUCGUCCACCCAGACCACCUGGAGGAGCUGAUCGCGCACUACGAGAAGCACGGCUACUUCGAGCAGCUCAUCAACCUGCUUGACGCCGGCCUGUCCCAGGAGCGCGCGCACGCCGGCAUGUACACCGAGCUCGGCAUCAUGUAUGCCAAGUACAAGCCAGAGAAGGUGAUGGACUUCAUCAAGAUGAAUACGGCAAAGCUUAACAUCCCGAAGCUGACCAACGCGUGCGAGCGCCACUACCUCUGGGAGGAGGCCGUAUUCCUGCACAGCCACUACGACGAGUACGACCUGGCUGCCAGCACCAUGAUAGCGCACAGCCCCGUGGCUUACUCUCACGACAAGUUCUUGAUGAUCAUGCAGAAGGUGUCGAACACGGAGCUGUACUACCGCGCCAUCUCGUUCUACCUCGAGGAGAACCCCAUGCAGCUCAAUGCGCUUCUGAACACCAUUACUGCCAAGGUGGACCACGCCCGAGUCGUGCAGCAGGUCCGCAAGACUGGGCAGAUUCCACUGAUCCUGCCCUUCCUGAAGUCCGCGCAGCAGCACAACAGCACUGCCGUCAACGAGGCCAUCAAUGAGCUGUACGUGGAGUCGGAGAUGCAUGCCGAGCUGCGCCAGUCUAUCGAGGACUUCGACAACUUUGACCAGAUCGCCCUGGCCCAGAAGAUGGAGAAGCACGAGCUCGCAGAGAUGCGCCGCAUCGCCGCCCUGGUGUACAAGAAGAACAAGAGAUACAAGCAGUCUAUUGACAUGUCGAAGAACGAUGGCAUGUUCCGCGACGCCAUGGAGACCGCGCGUGAUAGCGGCAACACGGAGCUGACCGAGACACUCCUCAAGGGUUUCAUCGAGUCGGGCAACAAGGAGUGCUUCGCGGCGUGCCUGUAUACCUGCUACGAUCUGAUCCGCCCAGAUGUCGCCCUGGAGCUGGCGUGGCGCAACGGCCUGAUGGACUUCGCCAUGCCGUACAUGAUUCAGGUGCUGCGGGAGUACACCGGCCGCGUGGACGCCCUCGACAAGAAGACCCUGAAGAAGGAGGAGGAAGAAGAGAAGCAGAAGAGCGCCUCCAACGACUACGUCCCCGACAUGAUGGGCAUGGGCAUGCCGGGCAUGAUGGGCCCGGGAGGCAUGGGCAUGCUGGCUCUGACAGCCCCUGGGGCGGUGCCGCAGCAGCCGGGAGGCUACCCGGCGCCCAUGCAGCCGGGCAUGCCGGGCAUGAUGCAAACCCCAGGCGCGCCGAUGAUGAUGACCCCUGGCAUGGGCGGCAUGGGCGGUGGUUUCUGA